AUGGCACCUGCAAAUGAGACCGUUCAAGCUGCCUUGGUGGCUGGCCAUCUUGGACAUUUGACACCUGACCAAACCACCAUGCUCAAGCAAUUGUGGGAUCGUAUUUUGGAAUUGUUCGAACAGACCGGUGAUCCCAAUUCAAAGCCUGCUCCCAAGAAGCCUGUUGAAGAAGCAGCACCCAAGAAGUCUGGUGGAUUCUUUAGCCGUGGCAAGAAGGAACCCGAAGUUCAAACCGACUUGUUUAUUGGAAGCACCACCGAUCCCAACUGGUUGAGCCUUCCCCUUGAAAAGGCCAUGCCCUUGAUCCCCGGCAAGCAGUUGCAUGCUACUUUUUGGAACAUGGUCGCUACUGACAACCCUGAUGCUGUCAUGCUUCGUUUCCUUCGUGCUCGCAAGUGGGAUUUGGAUGCCGCCUACAACAUGUUGAGCAACACCUUGCGCUGGCGUUUGGUGAUGCGUGUCGAUGAUAUCGUUGCUCUUGGCGAAACCGGUCUCCAUGACGAACUUGAGAAACUCAAGAAGGGUAUGGGCGAAUCUUUCAUUUGGAAUCUUAAGUCCGGUAAGGCUUACCUUGGCGGCCCUGAUAAGGAUGAUCGUGGUAUUUGCUUUAUCAAUGUCCGUUUCCACCACAAGGAAGAUCAAGCUGCUGAAGUCGUCAAGCUCAUGACUUUGUAUGUGAUGGAGAACUCGCGUUUGGUCGUUGGUCAACCCAUGGAAACAUCUUGCAUUGUCUUCAAUAUGGAGGGUUUCACUCUUAGCAACAUGGACUUUGACUUUGUCAAGUUUUUGUUGUCAUGCUUGGAAGCCUACUAUCCUGAAACAUUGGGUCAAUGUUUGAUCCACAAGGCUCCUUGGGUGUUCUCGACAGUUUGGAACCUCAUCACUCCUUUGUUGGAUCCCGUGGUUGCCAGCAAGAUUCACUUUACAAAGAAUGUCAAGGAGCUCACUGACUAUGUACCUGCCACCAGCCUCCCUAGUUUCAUUUCCGGUGAUGAGAGCAAAAAGACCAAGGAUGAAAAACUCAAAGUGGGUGCUCCCAAGGCUGGUAGUUUGGAGAAGCCCAAGACCGCUGCUGUCCAAGACUAUGAAGACGCCAUCAAGGAAUACACUUUUGAGACCAAGCAAUGGACCAAGACCGAUAAGCCCGCUGAUGAUAAGGGUGAAGGUGGCCGUCUUACUCUUGCCAAGCAAUACCGUAUGGCACGUAUCAAGGCCGAUGGCGACAUCCGUGGUGAGAGCACUUGGCAACUCAAGGGCAUGUUCACCAUCACCGAUGGCCGUCUCGUGAUCGACUUUGGAAGCGACAGCUGGGUGCCAACUGAUAUCACUGAACGUGUCUAA